CCAAAACAUCCGCGAAUGCGCAGCGGCUCUGGCCCGCCUUUCAGCACCCGGCGAGCGGCGUUUUGCUUGUGCUUUGGUGGCCCGUUGCCCGCUCCUGGGGGCCGGUCUCAGGCCUGCCUGGCCCUUCUCCGGCCCCUCCUUGCUCACCCAGGACGAAGGAAGGACUUGUUACCACGUCAGCAAGCCUUGCUUCUAAACUGAAAUGAUGGGGAAAGGUGAAAGUGGAUCCCUCUAGAUAGCAAAUGACAGUGACUCCGGUAAUAAUAAUGAACAGGGUCCCUGUACCGUUGACCACAUUAUAUCGUUUCGCUGUCACCGCGGUAGUGAAGUCUGUGCCAUCCCUGUCCUCAUUCGGUGUCACACCUAUGGCAGCCCCCACCAGGUGCCAGGCACGGUCCUGGGCACUUGCUCACGAUGAAACGCCCUCCCGAAGUUUAUGUUCCAGUUGGGGGACACACGACACAAGCAGAAGAUACGAAAACAAGGCUGGCAGUUUCAUCACUGGAAUUGACGUCACCUCCAAGGAUUUCCUUACUGUGUGGCUAUCUAAACUUUGAAGACCAAGUCAGCUGAAUUAUUCUCAGUACCUGGGAAUACUAUCUUACCUAGUGAUUGCUGUUACUAGAUUACCAACUUCACUACUCAGUGAUAGGCAUUGAAUCAUCAUGGAGCUUAUUACAAAUUAUAGCAGCAUUAAUGUACACCCUCCCAGUCAUUGACUUUGAAUAUCCAGUUCUCUGCAAAAAUUAUUAAAGGAAGCAAUUGAAAAGAAAGAACAACGAGCCAAGCGCUUCCAUUUACGAUCAGAAGUAGAUCUUGCCCAAAGAAAUAUAGCCUUGGACCGAGACAUGAUGAAGAAAGCAAUCCCCAAAGUGAGACUGGAGACAAUCUACAUUUGCGGAGUAGAUGAGAUGAGUACCCAGGAUAUCUUUUCCUAUUUUAAAGAAUACCCUCCGGCUCACAUUGAAUGGUUGGAUGAUACCUCCUGUAAUGUGGUUUGGCUGGAUGAAAUGACAGCCACACGAGCCCUUAUCAAUAUGAGCUCUCUGCCAGACCUGGAUAAGAUAAGAAGCAGGGAUGCCAAUGAGGACAAGUCAUCUGAGAAAAGCAAAAAAGACAAGCAGGAAGACAGUUCAGAUGAUGAGGCUGAAGAAGGAGAAGUUGAAGAUGAAAACUCAAGUGAUGUAGAGUUGGAAACAUUAUCUCAGGUAGAAGAAGAGUCUCUGCUAAGAAACGAUCUUCGUCCAGCUAAUAAACUUGCUAAAGGAAAUAAGUUAUUCAUGAGAUUUGCUACAAAAGAUGACAAAAAAGAACUUGGAGCAGCCAGAAGAAGUCAGUAUUACAUGAAAUAUGGGAAUCCAAAUUAUGGAGGCAUGAAAGGAAUUCUUAGUAAUUCUUGGAAGCGAAGAUAUCAUUCCCGUCGCAUUCAGCGGGAUGUGAUCAAGAAGAGAGCCAUGAUUGGGGAUGAUGUUGGCUUGACGUCCUAUAAACAUCGACAUUCCGGACUAGUGAAUGUUCCUGAGGAGCCCAUUGAAGAAGAGGAAGAGGAGGAGGAGGAGGACCAGGACAUGGAUGCCGACGACAGGGUGGUAGUAGAGUACCAUGAGGAGCUCCCAGCUCUCAAGCAGACCCGGGAGCGGAGCUCAUCCAGGAGGUCCAGUGCCAGCAGCUCAGACUCCGAUGAAAUGGACUAUGAUCUAGAACUGAAAAUGAUUUCCACUCCUUCACCAAAGAAAAGCAUGAAAAUGACUAUGUAUGCUGAUGAAGUGGAAUCUCAGUUGAAAAAUAUUAGGAACUCCAUGAGGUCAGAUACUAUAUCAACAAGCAAUAUCAAAAACCGAAUCGGCAACAAAUUGCCACCUGAGAAAUUUGCAGACGUCCGACAUUUAUUAGAUGAAAAACGUCAGCACACACGUCCGCGGCCGUCAGGCAGCAGCACUAAAUCAGAUAUACGCCAGCGGUUAGGAAAAAGACCACAUUCUCCAGAAAAGGCUUGUAACCCCGUCGUUCGGAGAGAGCCCUUUUCUGAUGUUCAUAGUAGGCUAGGUGUUCCCAGGCAAGACACUAAAGGCCUCUAUUCUGAUACUCGGGAGAAGAAAUCAGGUAGUUUAUGGACUCGCUUAGGAUCUGCAUCCAAGACCAAAGAAAAGAACACGAAGAAAGUGGAUCGUAGGGCCCCUGGCACUGAGGAAGAUGACUCCGAGCUGCAAAGGGCAUGGGGGGCUCUGAUUAAGGAGAAAGAACAGUCUCGCCAAAAGAAGAGCCGUUCAUCCAAAGAGCAGAGAACUGAACUUCUCACUAUUGCCUUGGCCCUGACAGCUGUUACCAGCACCCUUUUCCCAAGAAAAGUCAAUUCCCAGGUGCUUAUUGGACAGCCUUCGAGGGGGAAGAUGAGGGAAGCUGCCAGCUCACUCUUCCAGGACCCUAGUGUGGGGGCCGAAUCUCAUGGACCUGACCUCAGAGGUGCACCAGUGCUGCCCAGGUAGAUCACAGACACAGCGUCCGUCGUGCUUCCGUUCCUCCUGGAGAUGCCUGUUAGGGACCUCUUGUUAGCAGUCGGCUUGCCGUGAAGAUCAAGUUCAGUACUGGGGGAUUUUUAGGAACAAAAAACUGUGACUUCUGGAUUUGGGAUGGAUUUUUUUGUGCUAGGGGUGGGGUCAUGGGGUAAUGUUGAACAAUUUCUAAGUCUGUAUUAUGUUUAAAAAAUAUUAAUGAUUUAAGGUUUAAAUUUUUAAUUUUUAUAUGUGAAAAUACUUCCUGUUGGCUACCAGGGAAGCUCAAGUGGUGUCUAAUGUGCUGUUAAAUAUAUAUUAUAUACUUUGGAAGAAGGCAAA